GUCAGGCACCCAAGUGGGCACCCUGACGAUCCUUUAUCCGGCACAUGCGCAGAUGGAGAUUUCUCUUUCUCGGUGAUCGCAAUGGCGGACGCAGAAAAAAAGGUGCCGUCGGUCCCUGAGAGCCUUUUAAAAAGGCGAAAGGCCUUCGCCGCCUUGAAGGCCAUGCGUAUCAAGAAGCUACUGGCGCAGAAGAAGGCCCGGAAGGUGACCAGGAAACUGAUCUACAAGAGGGCUGAAAAGUACCACAAGGAGUACAGGCAGAUGUACAGGCGUGAGAUCCGCAUGUCUCGUAUGGCUCGCAAAGUGGGGAACUACUAUGUGCCACCUGAGCCCAAACUGGCCUUUGUUAUCAGGAUCAGAGGUAUCAACGGUGUCCCACCAAAGGUCCGCAAGGUUCUGCAGCUGCUCCGUCUGCGCCAGAUCUUCAACGGUGUGUUUGUCAAGCUGAACAAGGCUUCUAUCAACAUGCUUAGGAUUGCAGAGCCUUAUAUUGCUUGGGGAUACCCCAACCUGAAGUCUGUGCGGGAGCUCAUCUACAAACGUGGCCAUGGCAAAGUGAAGAAGAUGCGUAUUGCCCUCACAGACAACGCUCUGAUAGAGAGGCCCCUUGGCAAAUACGGCAUCAUCUGCAUUGAGGACCUUAUUCACGAGAUCUACACAGUUGGCAAGAACUUCAAGAUGGCCAACAACUUCCUUUGGCCUUUCAAGCUGUCAUCGCCACGUGGUGGUAUGAACAAGAAGACCACACACUUUGUGGAGGGAGGUGAUGCUGGAAACAGGGAGGACCAGAUCAACAGGCUGAUCCGAAGGAUGAACUAAGUUUAUGGUUUUCAAAGGACUCAAAAUAUACAAUAAAAACAUGUUUAAAAAAA